AUGGCUAAGAUUCCAAACUCAGCUUAUUAUGGUGUCUGCUUUUUGGCAUCCAUAAUUCUCAACAUCUUCCUGAUCACAAAUCCGAAUAAGGGUCGUUGGAAUAAUCAGCUGAAAGGCUGGAGCGAUGGUGCUGCUUCAGAAGCUGAAGCUGUGGCCUCAAUACAGUGUUCAGGCCAUGGCAGAGCUUAUGUUGAUGGAUUGAAGGUUGAUGGGAAACCAGUUUGCGAGUGUAAUUUGUGUUUUCAAGGCCCUUAUUGCAGUGAAUUUGUACCUGACUGUCCUGCUGAUGCUGAUAGGCAUGACCCUUUGUUUUUGGAGCCCUUUUGGAUGCGACACGCUGCUAGCAGUGCCUUGCUAGUUGCGGGUUGGCACCGGAUGAGCUAUGUAUUCCCGGACCAGACCUAUGUAUCUGAAGAGCUCGAGAAUUACAUUCGCAAGCUACACGCCAUCGCGAAAAAUGCAGUUACGGAUGGAAAAUACAUUGCCUUUGGCUGUGGUUCAACUCAACUGAUCAAUGCCGCUGUCUUUGCUCUUUCAUCCCAAAAUUCGUCAUCUCCAUCAAGGGUUGUUGCAUUAACCCCUUACUAUCCGCUCUAUAAAUCACAAACGGACUACUUCCAAACUGCACAUUUUGAGUUUGGUGGAGAUGCAUCUUUAAUGAAAAACAAUUCAGAUGCUUCGCAGUUAAUUGAGUUUGUCACUUCGCCAAAUAAUCCAGAUUGUCAGCUAAGGAAAGGUGUUCUACAGGGUCCCUAUGUUAGGACGGUGUAUGAUCACGCGUAUUACUGGCCACAUUUUACUGCAAUUCCAGCUCCAGCAGAUGAAGAUGUUAUGAUCUUCACACUUUCUAAGCUCACUGGCCAUGCUGGAAGUAGAUUAGGCGUUUUCGCAUAUCCUCAACUGUAUUACAACCCCUCUUUUGUUUUUGCAAGGUGGGCAAUAAUAAAGGACAAGGACGUAUUUGACAGAAUGGUAACAUAUGUAACUUCAGCAGAAUUGGGAGUCUCAAAAGACACACAAUUGAGAGCUUUGAAACUGCUAAAAGUACUAACCAAAGAAGGUAAUGGCAGGGAAAUCUUUGACUAUGGAUUCAAAACAAUGAUGGAACGCUGGAAAAGGUUGAGCCAAACUCUUUCAUCAUCGACACGAUUUAGCCUUCAAGAAAUUUCUCCCAACUACUGCAAUUUUUAUGACAAAGUUAGGGAUCCAUCUCCAGCUUAUGCAUGGUUGAAAUGUGAAAAUGAAGAAGAUACUGAUUGUACAAAAGUUCUUCGAGCAGCCAACAUCAUUGGCCGGCCAGGAAGUUUGUUCAAUGUCGAAAAUCGCUAUGUUCGGCUUUCGAUUCUCAGGAGGCAAGAUGAUUUUGAACUGCUGUUGUACCGAAUCAACAAGCUAGUUAAAAUGGAUGUUAAGACAGGUCAGUCAAUGUGA